AAGUGAUAUUGAAAAAUCUAAUUGCAAGUCAAAGACGGAAAUGAAAUGAAGUCUGAGAUAAACGACAUGAACACAACAAAAAUUAAAGUUCCAGCGAAUCAUUUACACAAUUGAUUUGAUAAUUGCCUGUAGUUUAUUUUAAGCUGAUGGCUCCUGUUCCUGAAGAAGGCGAACACAAUGCCAAACCGGCAGACACAGAAGUUUUAGAUGACAUUCCAGUACCAGAUGUCUUCAUAGAUGCUAUUAACUCAGAUAGUGAAGAUGAUGACUCUGAAGAUGGUUUCGGAGGAUAUCAAAUGUUGCCCCAAGAUAUAGAGGAAGAUGAAGGAUCAGUAGAUGGAGAUUCUCAUGAUGAAGUAAGCAUUUCUCAGAUAGAUGAGGCAAUGAGAAAUAGUGGUGUCCAUGUUCAAGCAGGAGGAGGAGCUCCUUCCUAUAUGCAGGUGCCUGAACUUCCUAAAUCAGACCCACAAACUUUACUGUGGAAUCAGAACGGGGAAGAAGACAGAAUUCAGUUUGAUGAAGAAAAUGCAGAAAAAAUAAAAACUGUAAUGAAGAAAAUACAACUCCCUUUGUGUAACAUUCCUGACUGGGCCAAAGAUAUACCUGAUGACCAAUGGAAAGACAAAAUAGCAAAAAUGCAAGACAAAAAAUCAUAGCAUUAUAUUUUUAUAUUUAUUUUGUGUAUUUUAUGCAAUACUUGUGUGUUGUAUAAUGGUGUAUGUGCAAUGAAUGUUAUGUAUGAAUGUGAUAUUGGUAUUAAAUAUAUGCUAAAUUU